GAGUCAUCCGCGACUGCCACUCACUCUGUACCGUUUCGAUAUCUACAGAACUCCUGAAGCUUGAAGCUUGAAGAUCGACGUCGCUCUAGCCCAAUAUGGACUCUCUGUCUCGCCAGGAGACCUUGGCUAUCCUGUCGGGAAUGGGCGUCGAGCUGCCUCCCGCUACCAAGUUGCCAGAUGAAGCUUUGCAGAAGCGGCUCAGACAAGCCCUGAACGGCGCACAGUUCGUCUCAAACGUGCUCCCGGAUCCUCCUCUGAACCCAGCUACUCUAUCAACAUGGCCGUCGGGUCACGAAGUGUACGAGGGUGUGAGGCGGGGUAACUUCCACGAGGCUCAACAAAACUAUCAGGCAAAGCUGCAAGGCAAGGAGACAGAAUUGUACAAGAACCCGAUGCUCGACGCUCGACAGACACUCAUGGGCAUCGCGAGGUGGUGGGAUGAGGGACACCGGUGGAUGGUCUUGCAGGAUCCUGAAUCGGAGCAGUGCGCCAUUAACAUACGACUGCUGUCUGUCUUGGAGCUCGACAAGGAUACACCAGUGAUCAUCUUGCUCUACCAGUCUGUCACUCGGGCGACCGUGAUGGAGGGUCUGCAAUGGCUGCACCAAAUGCAAGACAAGCAGGACUCGCCUGGAUAUCUGGUCAAUAUCAAAUGCACUCCUCUCGAGCAGAAGCUCUUGCUGAAAAUCUUAGCGAUCAACGCCAAACUCCUGUCGAGUACAUACAAGCCUAAGAAGGAGUCUUCCGAGCAGAACUUCAAAGUCUCGUUCCUGCUCCCGCUUGGUCCGCUCAGUUUCGAGGACGUAGGCAAGCUCAACAACGAUACGGGCUGCGUUCUGUGUGGGAGAAAGACUACGAGUCGCUGUUCGCAAUGUCAGUCGGUUGCGUACUGUAGCAGUGACUGCCAAAAGGCGGACUGGCCUAACCACAAACGCGUUUGCCGAGCACUGAAUGGUGGGACCUGGCACACCGCGCGAUUCGUGACCGUCUUACCGGGCUUGGAGGGCAUGUAUGCAGCCUCGUUCAACAAGCACAGUUCGCGCACUAGUGACGGUCGGAACGCCGUCCGCAAAUUGGACGCUUCUGUCAUCCCGCCGAACCCGCACGGCAAUCGGCUCUUCCUCGUGAAGCUGCAGGCGUCGCUCGGCAACACACCGUCGAGCAUCAUGGCGUAUGACAGGCAGCGCUCCGUCGAUGCGUACUUCCUGCUCAACGACAAUCCUGAGGUCUUUAUGGAGAUAUUGCAGGAGAUGCGGGGGCCGAGAGGAGGCUAUGGCGGCGUGAAGAUGUAUCGGUGGGCGAAGCGCGUCAGCGACUGGGAGCUGAGCAUUUGUAUGGACAAGGAGCCACAGACGGAGAUCAAGUGGUGAGCUGCCUUAUUCUAGGUUCAUGUAAUGUUACGAUACGGCGCCGUUGUCGUGUGGUCCUGGCAUAAUUGUAUCGUCCGUGUCAGUUGGA